AUGGAUGAUAAUUCAACUGGUUGUCAUAAUACUAUUGGUUCUAGUUCUGCAUCAUCUGCACCUAGUCUUUUGGAUAGUACCAUGCCUCCCAUGUUGAAUGAUAAUGUUGAUUGUGUUGGGGUUGGGGUUGGAUCUACAGGAACUGUUGACUCUCAAAAUCCUAGUUCAGCUCUCCCACAUAAACCUAAGAAAUCUGAGCAAACAUCAAAGGUUUGGGAACAUUUUACUAAGUUAGAGGAGAGUGAUCCCAAGGAUCCUAAAUCACAAUCUUUGGAAUACUUGAGGAAGAGAACGGCUCAUAGGAUUGGUGCCAUAUUGGAGAAUCAAUUUAUGCAUGUGAGGUGGUGUACACAUAUUUUAAAUCUUAUAGUGUCUGAUGGUUUGAAAGAGAUUGAUGAGUCCAUUGUGAAGGUUAAAAGUGCAGUGAAAUAUGUGAAGUCUUCUCUCCAAAGAUUUGAGAACUUCAAAUAUUGUAUGGAAAGGAAAAAAAUUGCUUUCAAGGGUUUAUUGUGUCUUGAUGUUCCAACUAGAUGGAACUCCACCUCUAAGAUAUUAGAAGGUGCUGAAAAAUGUCAGAGUGCUUCUGAUCUUUUGGAAGAGUAUGAUGGGAAUUAUGUUCUUUUGUUGACUGAGGAAAAGAAUGCUAAAAAAGGUUUGGGGCCUCCUAAUUAUGAUGACUGGGAUCGUAUUAGGACUUUUCUCAAGUUUCUCAAACUUUUUUAUGAUGCCACAUUGCGACUUUCAGGGUCUUUGUAUGUGACUUCUAAUAUGUAUUGGCAAGAAAUUUGUGGCAUUCAAAUGCAUAUACAAUUGUAUUGUGAUAGUAGUGAUUAUGUAUUGAGUUUUAUGGCGGAGAGAAUGAUGAUGAAGUAUAAUAAGUAUUGGAGGGAUUUAGAUAAGGUUAAUGUGUUUAUGUUUGUUGCUGUCAUACUUGAUCCACGAACCAAAUUGGGGUCAUUGAAAUUUUGGUUAAAGGAUGUUCUUAAUGAGGAGCAAUGUACUAAUAUGGUGAACUCAUCCAAAUUUCCAGUACUUGCCAAGAUAGCACGUAUUAUGUUGGCCAUUCCCAUUACUACAGUUGCUUCAGAGUCGACGUUUAGCACUGGAGGGCGUGUGUUGGAUCCUUUUCGAAGUUCAUUGGCCUCCAAAACAGUUGAAGCAUUGGUAUGUGCACAAAAUUGGUUAAGAUCAAAACCCUUGAGCAAUGGCAAUGGUUGUGACACAGAGAUGGUUGAAGAUCCUGAAAGUUAUAGCUCGAUUCAGGGCAGUGGGAAGUGGGAAUGUCUUCCUCUUCGUCUUGCUUCUCCACAUCUGUGCAAGCUGGUUCUUGACGAAAGCCCAGCAACAGAGGCAAAGAUUCUUCUUCUUACCCAGAUUAGUCUGAGGCAUAUUCCUGAUAUAUCCCUUUUGCUAAUAGUUUUCAACGAGGCCUAUAAAUAUCCUAAGAUAGUGCACGCUUUGCAUGCGCAGCACUGUGCAUAUAUGGCUUCCCCACCCCAAGAACCCAUGCAAGUGCAAGAAGAGAAGAAGAGAGAAGAAGUGGAGGAAAAGCAGGAGAUGGUCGCUAAAGCUUUGCCAUUUUAUAAGCUGCUGAGCUAUGCUGAUGCAUUGGAUUGGACUCUGAUGGCCCUGGGGACCUUGGGUUCCAUUGUCCACGGCAUGGCUCAACCUAUUGGAUAUCUGCUGCUUGGCAAAGCCCUCAAUGCGUUUGGAGACAACAUCAACGACACUGAUGCCAUGGUUAAAGCCAUCAAAAAGGUUGUUCCAUUUGUGUGGUACAUGGCCUUCGCCACAUUUCCAGCUGGAAUACUUGAGGUUGGAUGCUGGAUGUAUGCUAGCGAAAGGCAGUUAGCACGCCUAAGAUUAGCAUUCCUAAGAGCAGUUCUUAGCCAGGAGAUUGGGGCUUUUGAUACAGAUUUAACAAGUGGAAAAAUCAUUAGUGGAAUUAGUAACGACAUGAGUAUCAUACAAGAUGCCAUCGGCGAAAAGUUGGGUCAUUUUCUGUCAUGCUUUGCAACUUUCUUUUCUGGAAUACUGAUUGCUGCUAUAUGCUGUUGGGAAGUGGCACUGCUUACCCUGUUGGUUGUUCCAUUAAUUCUUGCAAUCGGAGCCACAUACACAAAGAAAAUGAACACCAUUACAGUUGCCAAAAUGAUUUACCAGUCGGAAGCUACGUCUAUGGUAGAACAAACAAUAUCUCAAAUUAAAACAGUAUAUGCAUUUGUUGGGGAGAGCUGUGCAAUCAAGUCUUUCUCAGAGUGCAUGGACAAACACUACUUUUUGUUAAGCAAAGGAGAAGCACUGCUAAAGGGCGUUGGAACAGGAAUGUUUCAGACUGUGAGCUUGUGUUCUUGGGCUCUCAUCGUAUGGGUUGGAGCCAUUGUAGUUACUGCCAAGAGGGCAAAAGGAGGGGAUAUUAUAGCUGCAGUGAUGAGCAUUCUGUUCGGAGCUAUAUCACUUACCUAUGCUGCUCCAGACAUCCAAGUCUUCAAUCAGGCAAAGGCUGCGGGAAACCAAGUGUUCCAAGUGAUUCACAGAAAGCCAAGUAUAAGCUCCAGUUCAGGAGCGAAGACACUUGAAGGGGUUGAUGGCAACAUUGACAUACGUGAUGUAUACUUUGCCUACCCAUCCCGGCAGGAGAAAUUGAUCCUUCAAGGUUUUUCAUUGUCAAUCCCAGCAGGAAAGACAGUGGCUUUAGUGGGUAGCAGUGGAUGUGGAAAGAGUACAGUCAUCUCUCUAGUUGCAAGAUUCUAUGAUCCCUCAAAAGGAGCAGUUUUCCAAGAACCAUCACUUUUUGCUGGCACCAUCGUGGAUAACAUCAAAGUCGGAAAUAUGAAUGCGGAUGAUCAACAAAUCCAGAAUUCAGCAAUAAUGGCAAAUGCACACUCUUUUAUAUCGCAGCUUCCAAAUCAGUACCUGACAGAGGUAGGACAAAGGGGAGUCCAGUUAUCAGGAGGGCAAAAACAGAGAAUCGCAAUAGCAAGAGCCAUUCUAAAAAAUUCUCCAAUUCUUUUGCUUGACGAGGCCACAAGUGCACUUGAUUCAGAGUCAGAGAAGCUGGUUCAAGACGCCCUUGAGACAGCCAUGCAGGGGAAAACAGUCAUCUUGAUCGCGCACAGACUGUCUACUAUUAUUAAUGCAGAUAUCAUUGCAGUUGUAGAAAAUGGACAAGUUACAGAGACAGGAACACACCAGAGCUUGCUAGAUACCAACAAAGUCUACAAUAACCUAUAUAACAUGCAGAACCUGAACCCAGUUCACGACUUGAGAGUCGCAAACUCCACUGAGGAACCUUCAAAUAUCAAGCAACAGGUUUCAUCUCAAGAAAUUGAACAAACGGAGGAAUAUAGAGAGUCCAACAAAUAUAUUGGUGACUUUACCAAGCAAGAAGACCAGAGCGGAAGAAGAAAUACAAGCAUAUUCCUCAGAAUCUGGUUUGGCCUGAAAAACAGAGACCUUGUAAAGAUUGUUAUUGGCUCCUUUGCUGCAGCUUUCUCUGGCAUCUCAAAGCCUGUUUUCGGAUUUUCCAUCAUUACAAUAGGAGUAGCGUACACCAAGAAAGAUGCAAAGAGGGAAGUUGGAUGUCACACCAUGCAACAUUACUUUUUUGGCAUGGUUGGGGAGAAGGCUAUGAUAAACCUCAAACAAGCUCUGUAUUCAGGCAUACUGCACAAUGAAAUAGCUUGGUUUGAGAAGCCUGAGAACAAUGUUGGUUCACUUACUUCACGGAUCAUAAAUGAUACCUCCAUGGUUAAAACCAUAAUUGCUGAUCGUAUGUCUGUUAUUGUACAAUGCAUCUCCUCCAUAUUGAUUGCAACAAUCGUCAGUAUGGUUGUAAACUGGAGAAUGGGUUUGGUAGCUUGGGCUGUGAUGCCCUGCCACUUCAUCGGUGGCCUGAUUCAAGCCAAGUCAGCUAAAGGAUUUUCAGGUGAUUCAGCUUCUGCACAUCAUGAACUUAUCAACCUAACUUCCGAAUCUGCGACCAACAUAAGAACCAUAGCAUCCUUUUGUCAUGAUGAGCAAAUAAUCAGGAAAGCCAGAAUAUUUCUGGAAAUCCCAAAGAGGAAGAGCAGAAGAGAGAGUAUUAAGUACGGAAUCAUUCAAGGCUUCUCCCUUUGUUUAUGGAACAUUGCACAUGCUGUUGCUUUGUGGUACACAAUAAUUCUGAUUGAUAGAAAGCAAGCCACCUUUAAAAACGGCAUAAGAGCAUACCAGAUUUUCUCCCUCACAGUACCUUCAAUAACUGAGUUAUGGACACUGAUCCCCACUGUCAUCCCUGCCAUCAGGAUACUAACUCCUGCAUUCCAUACCCUCGACCGGAAAACUGAAAUUGAACCAGAUACACCGGAAAAUUCACAUCUUGUGAGGAUCAAGGGGAUAAUUGAAUUUCAAAACGUCAAGUUUAACUACCCAUUAAGACCAGAAGUGACUGUUCUCAAUAACUUCAGCUUACAAAUUGAAGCUGGAUCAAAGGUGGCUCUCGUUGGGCCAAGUGGAGCAGGAAAAUCCUCUGUUUUGGCCCUUUUGCUAAGAUUUUAUGAUCCAAGGGAAGGAAAGAUUCUCAUUGAUGGGAAAGACAUAAGGGAGUACAAUCUGAGAAAGCUGAGGACACAAAUAGGAUUGGUGCAGCAAGAGCCACUUCUUUUUAGCUCCUCAAUUAGAGACAAUAUCUGCUAUGGAAACGAUGCGGCUUCUGAAACUGAAAUCCUGGAGGUAUCAGUGGAAGCAAACAUACAUGAAUUUAUAAGUAAUUUGCCUGAUGGAUAUGAUACAACUGUUGGAGAGAAAGGCUGCCAACUUUCAGGUGGACAAAAGCAAAGAAUAGCCAUUGCAAGAACUCUACUAAAGAGGCCUGCAAUUUUGCUCCUAGAUGAAGCAACAAGUGCCCUUGAUGCUGAGUCUGAAAGAACUGUAGUGAGCGCUUUGGAGUCCCUUCAUCUGAACAACAAUGGUGGCUUGUUGUCAAGAACCACACAGAUUACAGUUGCACACAGGCUUUCCACAGUGAUAAACUCAGACACCAUAAUUGUCAUGGAUAAAGGUGAAAUUGUUGAGAUGGGUUCUCACUCAACCCUAAUAACAUCCUCAGAUGGAGUUUAUUCAAGAUUAUACCAGCUACAAAGUUUGGUAGAAAAUUAA